CACUAGUCGGUUUGGCUACCCCCAUGUGAGGCACACAUGUGUCUUAAAAUGCCAAAGGCCAACCCAUAAACAUCAAAAACAAUUACCCGAGAGGGCUUAAACUUUCUCGAACAGUUGUGGGUUUCCCGCCAACACCUUCCUCCAACUGAUUUUUCUAAUUUCUCAAUAAUUUUCUGAGAUUUUUCUCUACUGUUUUUGAAAUCCCAACUCAAAUUCUAAUCUUAAUUUAUUCAUAUAAUUUCCUUAAUAUGAAUCAUCUUAUGCAAAAUCUCUCUUUAAAACCAAAUUCUUACCAAUUUUUCUAUGUUACUUUCACUCUCAUCAAAGAACCAAUUUCUUUCUUUUCAACUUUCAUAACUCAAAACCCAGAAAUUGAUCAAAACCCAGAUCAAAUACCCAGUAAAUUUGAUCCUAGUUCAUUAAAUUCCUCCAAUUUGGUUCACCCCAAUUACAUAAAACCAAAUUUAUCAAAUUCUAACCUUUCUCAUAAUAAUGGGCAAUACUAUGAUAUCAUUUCUUGUAAUAAAAUGAUUACAAGAUAUAUUAGAUCAGCUGAUUUAGAUUCAGCUCUUAAAGUGUUUAAUACUAUGCCUGUCAAGAAUACCAUUACUUGGAAUUCAUUGUUAGCUGGGUAUUCUCGAAAACCCGGCACGCUAGCAGAAGCCCGCCAACUGUUUGAUGAAAUUCCUGAACCAGAUAUUUUCUCGUUUAAUACAAUGUUGUCCUGUUAUUUGCGUAAUUCAGAUGUAGAUGGUGCUAGGUUGUUUUUUGAGAAAAUGCCUGUUAAGGAUAUUGCUUCUUGGAAUACCAUGGUUUCGGGUUUUGCGGAAAAUGGGAUGAUGAAGGAAGCAAAAAGGCUGUUUUCAGCAAUACCGGAGAGGAAUAGUGUGUCGUGGAAUGCAAUGAUAUCGGGUUAUGCAGAGAGUGGGGAUUUGGAUACGGCUGUUCGGUUGUUUAGGACAGAUCCAUUUAAGAGUGUGGUUGCUCUGACUGCAUUGAUAAGUGGGUAUAUGAGAAUUGGCAAGGUUGAGAUGGCUGAAAAAAUGUUUGAGGAAAUGGAAAUAAAGAGUUCAGUGACAUGUAAUGCUAUGAUAGCUGGUUAUGUUGAUAAUUCUCGAGCAGAAGAUGCAAUUAAUCUCUUUAAGAUGAUGGUAGAAUCUAGAGUCGAGCGAACUCCGUUAACCCUGACUAGUGUUUUGUUGGGUUGUAGCAAUUUAUCAGCAUUAAUCUUAGGGAAGCAAAUUCAUCAAUUUGUGUACAAGUCUCCGUUGUACAAGGAUACGACAGUUGGGACAUCAGUGCUGAGUAUGUAUAGCAAAUGUGGAGUUUUAGAGGAUGCAUGGAAAUUGUUCUUAGAAGUGCCAAGGAAAGACAUGGUUACUUGGAACGCCAUGAUUUCAGGGUAUGCUACUCAUGGAUUAAGUCAGAGAGCCCUUGCUCUGUUCGAUGAGAUGAAAACCAAGAAAGUAAAGCCAGAUUGGAUCACUUUUGUUACAGUUCUAUCAGCUUGUAAUCAUGUUGGACUAGUAGAUCUCGGGAUCCACUAUUUUGAUUCGAUGCAGAAGGAUUAUGGGGUUAAGGCUAAACGAGAGCACUACAUUUGCAUGGUAGACCUCCUAGGCCGUGCUGGUAAGCUUAAAGAAGCUACCAACUUAAUAAAGCAAAUGCCCUUCAAACCACAUGCUGCAAUAUUUGGGAGCCUCUUGGGGGCUUCUAGGAUCUACAAGAAUAUAGAAUCGGCUGAGUUUGCUGCUAACAACUUGCUUCAGGUAGAUCCAACAAAUGAUGCAGCAUAUGUCCAACUAGCUAAUGUUUACGCUGUUAAUAAGAGUUGGGACAAUGUUUCUAGGGUUUGGAAAUCUAUGAAGAAAAAUAAUGUGGUGAAAAUGCCUGGUUACAGUUGGAUCGAGAUAAAGAACACAGUUCAUGAGUUUAGGUCAAGUGAUAGAGUACACCCAGAAUUGCCUGCAAUUCAUGAAAAGCUUGGUGAGCUAGAGAGAAAAAUGAAGUUGGCUGGAUAUGUGCCUGAUCUUGAAUUUGCACUGCAUGAUGUUGGUGAGGAGCAAAAGCAAAAACUGCUGUUAUGGCAUGGUGAGAAAUUGGCAGUUGCGUAUGGAUUGAUUAAGGUGCCCAAAGGCUUGCCUAUACGUGUUUUUAAAAAUCUGAGAGUAUGUGGAGAUUGUCAUCGAGCAUUGAAGUUCAUAUCAGCCAUAGAAGGGAGGGAAAUAAUUGUAAGAGACAGUACAAGGUUUCACCAUUUCAAAGAUGGGAGCUGCUCUUGUUGUGAUUACUGGUGAGCAUGAUAAUGAAACAGAAAACAUUAGAUUAAUAGGUUGUGUUAUGAUUCCUAUACUAAUUCAUUUUUAUUAUGCAUGAUUCUGAUAAUUAGAGCAAAGCUUCAAGAUUUUUGCUUAAACUUCUCCCUUCAUCAUAUACACAUUCUUUUUCUGAUCAUCUCAUUUUAAUCUAUAUACUAGCUCUCUUUUCAAGUAACUCCCCAGUGUUCUAGAGCAACAAAUUAUAGUCAAUUAAAGAAUUAUUCUAUCCUCGGUUUAGGAAAAUAGGUUCUUUGGGGGAACAACUUAGGUCAUUGGCAGGUAGCCAAGUGGUUCGUGUGGGUGCAAAGCGUAGUCGAAGGCCUAGUGUGGACUUCAAGUACUCCAACAUGGGUCGAAUAAAGUUUGCUCGCAAGUGUCUUUCUAGGGGUUUUUUUUUUUGUUUUUUUUUUGUACUGUAGUUUGUUGGUAGCCUUUGUUGUUUUCUGUAUUUCUUUAUAUAUAAAUAUAAUACAUAAAUAUGUACUCUUUGUUUAUAUAUAAAAAAAAAUCAUUUCAUCAAAUUGAGUUUCUUUAACUUUGCUGUGCUUCAUCAUGAGCUCCAUCCCCAUAAUACUUAAAGAGGUACCACCGUACAAACGAAUUAAUAUGAGAUAGGAGGAGCAUAUUAUCUGUUUGUUUUUCUAUGCUUCACUAUGCAAUGGUGAUAAGUGUAUUAACAUUUAAUCCUGGAAAUCUACCGGAUACAAAUUGGUGCAUUAUUGUCUGCAAAAGUAGCAAAUAAUACGACUGCGGUAAUUCUCCUGUAAAAUUGUAUUUUCACUUAAGCUAUAAACAACACACAGAAGAGGCAUUCGCACACAGGUCAUUACACACCUGUAUUGCUGAGGGUGUGAUGAGUUCUGUACACACAUAAGAGGAUCGUAUAAAAACAAAUUCAGC